GCCGCAAAUUUGAUGUCCGGACCAUGAGACAAAUUGUCCGGUAGUAAGCGGGAAAUCUCAAUUUUUUUUUUUCAGUAUAACAGGUAAACACCAGUGUAAACAAUAAAGAUCUUUCUCUUUGUAGAUUAUUAUCAUCCAAUAUGGGUAAAGUUCACGGUUCUUUGGCUCGUGCCGGUAAGGUUAAGUCUCAAUGUCCUAAGGUCGCUAAGCAGGAAAAGAAGAAGGCUUUGACUGGUCGCGCUAAGAAGAGACAAGUUUAUAACCGUCGUUUCGUCAAUGUCACCGCUCAAAUCGGUGGUAAGCGUAGAAUGAACCCUGCUCCUACUGCUGGUCCUUAAAUUAGAUCUCACAAUCAACAAGCAACAAUUGAUGUAAUCUAAUUAUUUUACUCUUUUCUUUUGGAACAUGGUGAAAAACAACAACGAACUAGUUUAUUAUUUUUCACCCAAUCUCGAAUAAAAUUCUAAAAUCACUACAUAAAAC